AUGUCACGUGAUUCAACUAAUAGUUCUCGUCAAACCUUUACUCUAUUCAUUGCAAGACAGUUUGUUGGGUAUAUUGAUACUUUAACAAUACUGACAAAUGCCAAAUCACAAUAUAUUGCAGCUGAAAAGAUCAAUUCAGUUACAAAAAGCUUAGCUGAAUAUCAACAAAUGAUAGAGAUUUCUACAGAUGACUUAAUGAAAUCAAGGAAAGUAGUAGAUGAAGAAUUAGCAUGA